AUGGAGCAGACGUUUAAGCUUGUAGUUCCUCAUGCCAGGCUGAACGACAUAUAUGGAGGCACGCUUGAAGAUAUGCUUAACAACGGCACGGCCGAGGCACUCGUCAAGCUACUCACUGUUCCCGCUCGGCCUAGGUUUGCCGUGAAUCCAGACCGAAUUGCCUGGCCAACUGCUUCACUAAGCAGCUGUGUGUCGGCGACGGUAGCCGUCAAGCGCCAAGUCGACGUCGAACUGCGAAAGUGCCCUCCACGACUUCUGAACAAGACCACGAUGACUGCUGGAAGCCGCGUACCGAAUUCACAACCAGCCACAUUUGCCGGACUCCCUACCGAAAUUCAUCAAAUCAUCUUCUCUCAUCUGGCACAAGAUAAGGAUGUCCUCAGCCUCGGAUUGGUGAAUCGACACCUCUGCGAUAUCGCCCGAGAACGGCUGUUUGCUGAUUUUUUUUCGUGUUUGGCGCCCUGGGCUGGUCAAAAGAUUGUCUACGUGGGAGAAUACACCGAGCCAAAUGACUACCCCCCUGGACUGUUUUCGGACGCAGAACUGGAGACCCUCAGGAAAGAGAAAAUCGCAGUCUUUGACCGUUACGAGGGCUGGUAUGAUACCAUGACACGAUCCAACCUUUAUGCGUUUACGACACCAAAAGUUUCCAAUGCACAAAAACUGCUCGACAUGCAUUUCGAAACAGUUGGUUUGGCAGUCUUGUUGUCCAUGGUACCGUCUUCCGAGAACGCUGCGCUGACAUAUUUGAGCCCGUCCGAAUUUCCUAGUUAUAGACAAUACUUCCCGCAGGACAAACCGUGGAUUCUUCGAAACCUCACCACGAAGCAGUUUGUACGUGCAGAAGCCAUUGCCCUCCAGCGGGAAUUCAUUUACGGCCCCGACAUUGAUUUUUUGGGCUUUGGCCACGCCAUCCUGCUGCGCAUCUGUUGGUCGUCUCAGCCUGUCCCCGAGGUGGCUCCGGCAAAUAUCGUGAGAGGAAUAUGGGCAGGGCACUGUUUCGACAUCACUAUGCUGGCCAAACACCAGGAAGAGACUGGCGCCGGACAAGGCUGGGCCGAUAUAAGCGAGGAAAUUGCCAAGGAGAUUGCUACUUUUUGUGAAGCCAAUCUGGGACCCAGCUGGCGUUGGCGUCUCUGUCAACCAAGAUUCAACCCCUGGUAG